AUGUCUCCUCCUGUGCUUUCUACUACUGCUUCUCCUGCUCCUACUGCAGUAAAAUUAGGCAAAAUAUCCAAUGCCACUGCCAAUGAUAUCGCUAUCAAGCAGGAUUGGGAAUCGUUUACCUUUAAACCAAUUCGUGAGUCGACUGUGUCUCGUGCUAUGACUAAGAGAUACUUUGCUGACCUCGAGAAGUAUGCUGAGAGUGACAUUGUUAUUAUCGGAGCUGGCUCCUGUGGUCUUAGUGCUGCCUAUGUUUUGGCUAAAGCUCGACCUGAUUUGAAAAUUGCCAUUAUUGAAGGUGGUGUUGCACCUGGUGGAGGUGCUUGGCUCGGUGGUCAGCUGUUCUCCGCCAUGGUCAUGCGUAAACCUGCAGAUGAGUUUUUGGAUGAAAUUCAGGUUCCUUACGAGGAUGAGGGAGAUUAUGUCGUGGUUAAGCAUGCUGCUUUGUUCACUUCGACUGUUUUGUCCAAGGUGUUGGCUUUCCCCAAUGUCAAGUUGUUCAAUGCAACUACUGUUGAGGACUUGAUUACCCGUAGGGAUCCUUCUACUGGUCAACUCCGUAUUGCUGGUGUUGUCACUAACUGGACUUUGGUGUCAAUGCAUCAUGACGACCAGUCCUGUAUGGAUCCUAAUACUAUCAAUGCACCAAUUAUCCUAUCUACCACCGGUCACGAUGGUCCUUUUGGUGCUUUCACUGUCAAGAGACUCGUAUCAAUGGGUGCUGCUGAGAAGCUCCAAGGUAUGCAAGGUCUUGAUAUGAACACCGCUGAGGACGCUAUUGUCAAGGGUACUCGUGAGAUCGUUCCUGGUCUUGUUGUCGGCGGUAUGGAGCUGUCUGAAUUCGACGGUGCUAACCGUAUGGGCCCUACUUUUGGAGCCAUGGCACUUUCUGGCGUCAAGGCUGCCGAUGCUGUGCUCGCUGUUUUUGACGAGCGUAAGAAGGUCAAUGAUGCUGGAUAUUAA